AUGUCCCGAACCCAAUUGCGUGCGCUUUCUGUGGCUGAAUUGUCUGAUGCCUUGAACAAGUUGGUUGCUGCUCUUCCAAAUCUGGACGAGCACGCAGACUUUGAGUUGGAAUGCUGCCGAGAGAGCCUGAUGUGGGUAACCUUCAUGUGGAAAGAUUCCCUGAUGCACUCUCGCUCGCUUGGGAUCACGAUUGCUGCGCUGACUGCUUUUCGAUCUCAUUUGACUGGCAAUGCCUUGGAAGAGAUGCCGGUUUCCGUGCAGUUCGAUCCUGAUGCAGUUCCAACUCCCGCUCUUUGCAAGAUCAAAGGCCUGCAGGUGCCAAUCCAACAGGUGAUUUACAAGAUCUCAGAUAUUCAAUCAAGUGUGGCCUGGUUGAACAUUGUUGUGAGUGCUGGCAUGGGUGGCCGAUUGGAAGCCGCGUUCAGUGGUGCUUACUGCAUUCUUGCGGAUUCCUUGAACCACCUUGAGGUGUAUUGUGUGAUGCAGCAAAUGUUUCCGAAUGAAUUUCGGAAUCCUGGGAAGGUCACAACGAUCAGUGCUUGUGACGCAGAUCAGAGCUGCAGAAAGGUGUUGAUGUCACUCAACCCGGUAGCAACAACAGCUUGGCAAGACUUUGACGAAGAUGAGCAGCCUUUGGUUCCACUCUCGACCUUGAUGAAAUCUUCGACCUUUGUCUCUGAUCCCCCUGGACACACUCCUACACGUGGUGGUGGUGGUGGUGGCAGCGUGCCAAAACCCCGUGCCGGUGGAGGACGGACCUCAGCCAAGGCCAAAGCAGCACCUCCAAAUGUGGAGGCAGCCCGUCCAAGAGCCAAGACCGCAACAGAGUGGAAACGCAUAGAGUCUGCUGUUCAGAAGGCAAUGACUGUGGGUGAACAUGUGCUGAAUGAGGAAGCGAUCAAAGUCCAUUUGACUCCAGAGAACGUUGCAACUGAUUGCUCCCUUGAUUUGUUGCGCCAACGCAUGGCUUUGCUCAAAGUGGCUAUGUGCCGGGAUACUGGAGUGGAGUCAGCAGAAAAGAGCAAACAGCUGUAUACCAUGUGCCUUUCUGAUCCUUAUCUCAAGGAUUUGUCCACUACCUUGUUGGCAGUUGAGGAUGGAUGUCAGACCUUGGGUGCUGCUUUGAGGUGCCGAGACACACUGCUGGACAUACAGCCCACUGCAGCCAAAGUUACCGAGCUGAUGGACAACCACCGUAAUGCAAUGAGCCUUUUGAAGACCAUUGCUACGUGCGUGCACACAGAAGCUGAGAGUUGGAAGGCCAACAUCCAGGCCUUGAUUAAGGCCAAGGCAGAUGAGAAAAAGGCCUUGGAGAAAGCUGCAGAGAAAGAGAGGAAGCUAGAGGGUCACGAAUUGUCGGAGAGUGACCCACCUAUCCUCCAUGAGCUGCGAUCAAGCCAAUUGGUUGUGCCCACUACCCGCUCCGAUGAUGUGGCUGGCUUCAUAACGGCCAUUGCUAUGGACCCUGAUGCUCCUACCAUUGCACGUCUCAGAAAGGCAAGCUGCAAGAAGAUCCUCAAUGCUGACCAAGCGCGAUUUUCUUCGGACACGCAGAACAUGUUCGCACAAGAUAGCAAUACCUAUGGCCGGAAGGCACUCCCCGGUGAAGGCCCUGCUGGUGAUCUUGGGUGUGACAAACUGAUCCAAAUGGAGAUUGAGCUACAAGAGAUGGUUAAGGAACGAUGCUUGGAUGAGAAAGUCGCAGCCAAGUUUGCCGACAAGUUCAACAAGAUUUCAUGGUGUGCUGCACGGAAAGGGGAUUUGUUUUGUGGCAACAUGCCGGAUGGAAUGGGCUUUCUGAUCUACCACAUGGAGGGCAACAGGAGGCUCGUUUCCGAGCUGCUGUUCAAGAUGAAUGAGGCUGUCUACGACCAGGGAUGCAAUGAAGAUGUGCUGACAGUGACUGUGCCAAAAUUGGAUGAUGCAGCUGCGAAGGGGGGCCCCAAUGAAUCCGAUGCAGAGAUCAGAAAGGAAACAUCACCACCACUGACUGAUUGGAGUCAGACUGAGGCCCCAUUCAGCUAUGAGAAUCCACCAAAUGAGGAUGAGCUUCGGGCCCUCCUAUCCAAGGACGAAUAUGCACUUGUGGAUGGUGAAUGUGAGCGCAUUAGGAAUCACAGCAAAUUCAAAGAAUACGAACAAUGGAUAAAGAAUGAGUUUGGGGCCGACAAUCCAGAUUGGAUCUUUGGUGAUCUGCUGCUGUCAGAUCCGUUGGAGGAUGUCAUCGGUUUUGUUCUCUGGAUUCAUGGCAAACUACCAGAGCAGCAAGCUGGGCAAGCACCCCAAACCACAUCAUCCACGAGAACUUCACCACAGAAGGUGAUCGAUCUAGAGUGCAUCACACCAGAGUCUGCAAUGGAACUUGAGGAGAUUCUGACCAAUGAUGCAAAGAAGGACAACUCCGACUACAACUUGCUGGUUGAAAUUGAACGGAUCCAACAGCACCAUGCAUUUCCGGCCUACAAAGCCUGGGGGGUCAGUGCACACGAGCUUGAUGAAGACCAUAUUUUUGGUCGUCCGGAGAGCAACCAUAUCCAUGAGAUUAUGCACUUCGUCACUUGGUACUCCAAGAAUGGCAAAACAAACACACCGAAUGACCAGGGUGACAUUGUCAUGGAGGACCACCAGGGUGGGACUUUGAAUGAGACCACUGCGAACCAGCCUGCACGAACAGCCGAUGAGCAAAUUCCAAGCGAGGUGGCACAGCCUACAGACUUCGUGGCCAGCGCCCAGCCAUCCCAGCAUGAAGACGGAGCAAAGCCCAUCCAGCAACAACAGGCUCUUGAAAACACUGAGCCACAGCCGCAGCUGCCACAGAAGCCAAACGAAGACAGCAAGGAUGAGCUUCAGCAGCAGCCGCAGCCAGCAGUGGAUCUUAAACCAAUGAAGCAGGACAACAAGCAGCAGCAGAUCCAGCAAACCUCACCUGAACAGACCGCACCAGCCAACAAUGGUGGUCUACCCAGUACAGCAGCAGAACAACAGCCACGACCAGAACUGGCUCUUGAACUGGCUAAGUCGGCUGAGCAAGAACCAAACAAGGAGAACAAGGAGCAGGUCACAACCGAACAGACCAUACCAGCCAACAAUGGUGGUCCACCCCGUCCAGAAGCAGAGCAACAGCCACAACCAGAAAUGGCUCUUGAACUGGCUGAGCAAGAACCAAACAAGGAGAACAAGGAGCAGGCCACACGCGAACAGACCACACUAGCCAACCAUGGUGGUCUACCCAGUGCAGUGCCGAUGGACCCUCAGCAUACCCCAUCGCGACAUCCUGAUCCGUUGGGUGUACCGGUGUCAGGCAAUGGUUUGACUAGCACGAGCAGCAGCAAUGGUGUGUACCAAGCAGGAAUUCCACCAGUCCCAGUCCCAUCAACUUCAGCUGCAGCUGGCAAAUGUGCCAUGCUUGGUGCUGAGGCCAAUGAACACACUUCGCAAAACAAGUUCCAGGCCCAGAACCAGUCAGAUGAGGCAAAAGAGAAGGAAACAAGGAAUUCAACAACAGGAUCAGAAUCAGAACCAGCAAAAAACGACAACGGCGAGACGAAAGACAAAGGUAAGAAAGACAAGGACAAGAAAGACAAGGACAAGAAUGACAAGAAAGACAAGAACAAGCAUGACAAGAAAGACAAGGACAAGGAUUCCAAGGACCACAAGAAAGACAAGGACAAGAAAGAGAAGAAAGACAAGGACAAGACUUACAGGACUGAUGAUGAAACAGAACGAAAGGAGUCAAAGGAUAAGAAGUCUUUGUCUGAGCCAAGGCUGGAUGAUGUCGGUGCACGUCUCCACAAGAAGAUGAGGGAGGCAGUUGAGACCAUGGAGACUGCCAGUCAGGCCGGAGCUGCGCUGCUUGGUCAUGCCACGGCCCCAGUGCGAAAGCGCGCACCCUUCGCAUCGGGGGAGCGGAACGGAGAGGAGCACCGAGGACACUCCCCCAUCUUCGCCAAGCUCAGGUCGGCGACCCUGGAGGACUACUGGACAGGUGCUCCACUGCUGCGCAUCCCUGGACGUAUGUUUCCAGUCGAGACCUUCUUCACCCUGCGCCCAGAAAAGGACUAUGUGGCGGCGGCUGUUGAGACGUGCUGUCUCAUCAACGCCCAUGAAGGUCCCGGAGAUGUGCUUUGCUUCUUGUGUGGCGAAGAGGAAAUCGAGAAGGCACGGUCGGUCGCGCCCGGUCUACGCAACGCGCACGGUCGAAACAACGCGGUCUACGCGGUCUACGGGUACGCAGCAUUUCUCGCCGCGUGGGUGUGGAGAAUGCCGUCGGUUUUUUCGGAUGUCACGAGCAGGCAAGGGGAAGUCGUGGGCAUUUCGCUCCCUGAGAGAGAACACAUGGCAUCAACUACGAACGGGGCUCCUGGCCUUACUACUAGGAGCGAUCGGACGCUACGAACGGAGCAUUUCGGGCAUCGCUACGAACGGAGCGAUCGGACGCUACUAGGGGCUAUCCCAUUCCCCAACGACUCCAUUGGACGGGCGUUUUCACCUGGCCACACAUUGACUUUUGAUCUAAUAAAUCUCCCCAGGCCUGAAGAGGUUGUUCAAUCCAUGGGGUGGGUGAGUCUACAUCAGUCUACGCACAUUGAUUUCCUGAAAUCCACCACUGUUUGGGGAAAAAAAACCUUCCGGAUCCGGACAUCGCCAAUUCAGUGA